UUAAAAAUGACUGAAACAGAAGAUUACCAGGUCAUAAACUGGAAAGACCCCGAACUAAUGUUUGGUGAAGAGUAUCAACCUUUCGAUCUAGUUAGAGAUCUAAAUGGUGAUACUAUCUUUGAUGGAGACUUUGUUGAGAAAUCCAGGGAUUUAAUCGUUGAUUCAACCCAGGCUUAUCCAGCAAGGAAGGUUUCUAUCAUGGAUGACGAAGUGAAAGAGUAUAACUCUCAUGAAGCCCCUCUUAAUUUUACAACCACUAUCUCUGAAGAAGAGCAGAGCGAAGGAUGUGUAAAUGAAGCUGUGCUUGUCACUGAGGAAUCCGCCCAAAUAUCCCCAGUUCACAGUGACUUAAUCCAAGUGAAACACAUCUCAGGUGAUGGACCCCUAAUUUUUGUAACAAAAAAGAGACACUCCAGAAUUUUGAAGCAAAGGACUAAGCGCCUAGCCUUCUUGCAAAAAUUCCCUGAAUAUGCUCGACCAUACAAGAACAGAGAGAAGAAAAUCAAGGACAGAAAAAGGAAUUCUCUCGGAAAGUUCUCCAACAAAAUGAGAAAGGACCAAAUAAUCUCUUUCGAACUCGAUGCUAGCGAGGUUUUAGAGGAUCCUGACCCUAAGAGAAACAGAAAGACUUAGCUUAAAACGAUCUAAAUGACGUCUCUUCAGCACUUUCAGGGAUCUAAAGCUCUUGAAUGGAGCUAUAUCCACAACAACUUACAUAAUAGAUC